CAACUGUAUUCAUUGCUUCACUGCAGCUGAAGUGUCUACACUGCUCUCUCUGAUUAACCAUGGACAGCUACAAGGUCAGCCCAAACAACGCAUACCGCUAUGGAACCAACUUAACAAACAACAAUGAGCUGAGGAUUGUGAUGGUGGGGAAAACUGGAAUUGGGAAGAGUGCUUCUGGAAACACCAUUCUGGGUCGACCUUGCUUUGAAUCCAAAUGCAGCGCCAAAUCCAUGACUGUGAACUGCUCCAAAUGCAGCAGUCAGGUGGAUGGACAGCAGGUUGCUGUCAUUGACACUCCGGGUCUGUUUGACACCACAACUGGAAAAGAUGAAACAACCAAAGACCUGAGUCAGUGCAUCACUUAUGCUGCUCCUGGACCCCAUAUAUUCCUGGUGGUCAUUUCAGUAGGCAGAUUCACAGAAGAGGAAAAACACUCAGUCCAAUGGAUUCAAGAAACCUUUGGAAAAUCUGCAGACAAAUACAGCAUGGUUCUCUUUACUCAUGGAGACAACCUUGAAUCCACCAUUGAAGAUUUCUUGUCUGAAAGCCCAGAGCUGCAGGAGCUGGUGUCCAGAUGCAACGGCCAAUAUCAUGUCUUCAACAACAAGCUGAAAGAUAAGAAACCUCAGGUCCUUGAGCUGCUCCAGAAGAUCAGGGACAUUGUUAAAAUAAAUGGAGGAAGUCACUACACCAACGAGAUGUUCCAGGAGGCUGAGAGGGCAACCAAAGAGAAGAAACAACGCAUCCUGAAGGAGAAACAAGAGGAAAUACGUAAACAGAAAGAAGAACUGGAGAGAAAGAUACAAGAAAAGUACCAGACAGAGAUGCAGAAAUAUCAGAAGCAGCUCCAGGCUGAGAGAGAGAGGGAGAAGAAGGAGAGAGAGGAGGAGAUGAGAAGGAUGACGGAGAUGAUGAAUAAGCAGAUGGAAAGGGAAAGGGAGAGGGAAAGGGAAUGGGAAAGGGAAAGGGAAAGGGAAAAACGGGAAAGGGAAAUGGAA